AUGAAGUCACUCAUUUCCCUCGCGUCUCUCCUCCUUUCCGCCACGGUUUCUGCUCAAACGCUGCCGGGUUCGGAGGACGGGGGCACCGCAUCUCCUGCGGUCAUAUCCACGGGGAGAUACAUCGUUCAAUUCUCCGACUACGGAUCGAAAAAGUUCAGAAAGCGAGAUGGCAGCGCCGAAACUUCUAUCUUCUUCGAGACUCUUCAGAGUAACGGCCAGUCGGUGCAACCGGCCAUCAGUUACACCUCAUCUGUGUUUCACGGUGCCUCAUUUGACUUGGCUGCAUCGGCUACUUCAAGCGAAUCGCUCGCGGAUAUUCAAGCCCUUCCUGAGGUAGAAAAGGUCUGGGAAGCAGGCUUGUUUAGUCUGCCCGUCGAGCCCGCCGGGACCACAGCAGCCGGUACCCCUAUCUGGAGUCCACACAAUGAUACCAAUGUCGAUAUGCUACACGCGCUGGGAUAUGACGGUAGCGACGCUAUCGUUGCCGUUAUUGAUAGUGGUGUUGACUAUACUCACCCAGACCUCGGUGGCGGGUUUGGUCCGGGGUAUAAGAUUGAUGCUGGCUAUGAUCUUGUUGGCGAUAACUACGAAAUUGGCAGCCCCUACCAGCCUGACAGUGACCCGGCGGAUUGCCAUGGCCACGGAACGCACGUUUCCGGUAUUAUUGGUAGUAACAAUGAGGUGGUACCUGGGGUGGCUCCUGGAGCAACGUUGCGCAUGUAUAAGGUAUUUGGUUGCGCGGGAACUGCUUACGAGGAUGUGAUUGUUGCAGGUUUUAUCCAGGCCUAUGAAGAAGGUGCAGACGUUAUCACCGCGUCUCUUGGAUCGACUCGCGGGUUCCCCGAGAGUGCUGUGGCGGUUGUCGCAAGCAAUAUACAUGCACAGGGCAGGCUGGUGACUAUAGCUGCCGGGAAUGACGGCGCAACAGGACCCUUUUAUACCAGCAACGGCGGCAACGGAUACGGAUCUCUGGCCAUCGGGAGUGUGGCUCAUGAAAGUCACGUUGGUUUCUUUGCGAUUGCGCACUCGAGCAGUGGUGAAUCGCGCGAGAUCGUCUACUUGUCCGACACCCAAAGACAGUUCACUCUUGACGGCACCUAUUCUUCUGCCUGGUAUCCGGAUACUCGAAACAUCAAUUCUUGCAGAAUGUGGUCCGAACCGGCUCUCGGCAGCGACGUUGUCGUUGUCCUACCCCGGGGAGACUGUGUCUGGCAGCUGAUGGACAGCAAUGUCAUGGGCAAGAUGAAAUGGGUCUUCUAUUACAACACUGAGGGCUCAGACUGGGAGGUUCCUGAUCGAGCAGUGUAUCUACCCGUUGAUCAGCCGGAGGGAUUCGCCUUGAUCUCUUACGACGAUGGCAUGUGGCUUGUCGGACAGUAUGAGCAGAACUACACUAUCACUUAUGACUUCGUGCACGACAAUGUUCCAGUGCCCGUGGAAAAAGGAGUCGGUUCCGGAGCAGGUGGAAUCAGCUAUUUUAGUUCGUGGGGUCCGACGUUGGAUGCUCGAAUGAAGCCUGAAAUCUCAGCCCCUGGUGGCGAUAUUUUCUCAACUUGGCCGGUCUCAAAGGGCAGUUAUGCUACCUAUUCGGGAACUAGCAUGGCUACUCCCUAUGUUGCAGGUGUGGGUGCACUGUUUUUCCAGUCUCGCGGGGGACGUCAAGCCUUGGGUGGCGAGGCAGCAGAACUUGCUCGACAAAGGAUCAUUGCCAGUGGGAGGCCUGUAAUAUCUUACGACGGCACAUCCAACUUGGCCUCCGUUGCACAACAAGGCGCUGGCUUAAUCGAUGCCUACAAAGUGCUUGAAUACGUGACCACGGUCUCCCCUCCAGUUCUUCACCUAAACGACACAGACUUCUUCAGCCCUGUCCAUACUGUAUCGAUAUCGAACCAGGGAGAUGAGGCAGUUACAUACCAGAUUAUCCAUGAGCCAGGGUCCACAAUCCUAUCCAAAGGGCGUGGAGAUGCCUGGGUUACUACCUCCCCGUCGACCGUGUCUGGUGAGGGUAACGUGGCAGAAGUGCAACUUUCGGCAGAAUCGAUUACAAUAGCACCAGGAGGAACAGAGUCACUUAUGGCCAUCUUUACUGAGCCGUCAUCCCCGGCGGCCAACACUUUACCUGUUUAUGGAGGUUCGAUUGUGGUGGCCGGCUCUAACGGCGAGGUAAUCCGGAUUACUUAUAUGGGUAAAAGCAGUUCUAUAUUUCGCGAUAUCUGGGAGUUCGAACGCGGCGUCCCGGUAUGGCUCAGUGGAUAUGGUGGCUAUAUGGAGGAGGGCUAUAACUACACCUUUGAUGCUGGAGAGACUGUCCCAGUACCGUACUUCAACUUUCUAUGGUCGACUCGAGAACUCAGCAUCGAUCUGGUCUACCGCGACUGGAACGAAACCGACUGGUCCUAUCCUUUCAUUGGCGACGAAAAUAAUUGGCUUGGGUCCAUCAGGACUCGCCCACUUGGACUUGCCGAUGAGGUUAUCAACUUCCCCCUGACCCUCUUUCCCCGAGUUACCGGCACAAUCGAGGCCUACUCACAGCCGGUGCUUGCCAACGGUACCGAGAUUCCCAGUGGACAAUUCAAGAUCCUUGCUCGAGCGCUACGCACCUAUGGAGACUAUAAUGACCCGAACGACUGGCAAAUAAGGGUUUCGCCCUGGUUUAAUAUCGUACGGGGGGAAGAAACGACCACGACCACAACGUCGACGACCACCACGACGUCAAUGACUACCACAUCUUCAAUGACUACCACGGCCACACCCACCACGACGGAAGCUCCGAAUUGUGCCGUGACCCCUCUGGUGCUCCAAGCUGUCAAUGAGGGUGUGACCUACAGUCUGUACAGGAAUUCCGACUUCCUAGCCCUCAAUAUUGCGGGCUCCAACACGCCUUUGGAAUUUGCCCUCACAGCGGAAAACCACUUACGUAUUACCACGCCAGGGAGCAGCGUAGUCAGUUAUGGAAGCGCACAUACCAUCGCCAGCAGUCUCGUCUACGUCUACUCAGCAGGCCGGAUCACCGGCUCAUGGAGUUACAUGGUUUGCCAAGUUGAGGACGGCCAGCUUCUUUGCACAACAGGGACCAAGACUGAAUUUUACUACUGUGGAUCUGUACCAGGUGACGGCAUCUUGAGACAUGGAGCCGAGGUCGUGGAAGGCUGUACACCAGUGACCUUUGUCGCCACCCUCAACCCGGAUCCUCGCUGUGCUAUUGGUACCAGUACCUCCAGCACUCUCAGUACCACGACUUCUGUGCUUGCUACCACCACAUCUAGCAGUGUAUCGACGCUGACCACAACUACCAGUGUCUCUACCGCGACUACGAAUACAACCGCGGCCGUCACCUCUACCACGGUCGCUGCUAGUACGACCUCUUCUACCAGCCUAUCGACAUCCACCUUGUCUAGUACCUCAACCUCAAUAUCGACGACAAUUUCGGCUGCUACAUCGACAACAACUUUGGCUGAAGCUUCAAGUUUCACAUCGUCUGGAACUCUGUCAACUUCGUCUGCAGUUUCAGAAUCUACUUCAGUUGGCACUUCUUCGUCUAUGCCCGAUGCUACGUCAGCCAUGACUUCUACCACUUCCGCAGGGUUCACCUCUUCACAAGUGACACCGACGACAGUGGAGACUACUUACAUCGCCACUUCCACAUCUAGUACGACAAUUUCGCCCAUUGGGCAAACUACAACCUCGCAGAUCGGCUCGUCUAUCUCAACUGGUUCUGGUGUACAAACAUCCAGCAUGUCAAGCACGGCAGGUACAUCGGCGACCGGUAGCUCCUUCGGCACAAGCAGUAUCGCAACAUCACAGAGUGCAGUGGGACCCCUCCCCGGUGAACCCGAUUCUACCUCCUCCGCGGUUCAGACAACAGGACAGGCAGCAGCAACCACAACCACGACGACAACGACGAGCUUGUUGACGACCACAACCACGACCAGUCACCAUGGCACUUGGCCUCGGUUCAACUCGAGCUCCAUCUUCACUUCUAGCACGGUGUUAAGCUCCAGCCCAAUCGACGUUUUGCCGACGACGGCCGGCACCACCACUACCAGCAUUGGCAAACCAGGAUGGCCAGCGAAGCCACAUCCAACAACGUCUGCAGACUGGACCACUUCGACCAUCUACUCGACGACGAAGAUCACCAUCACGGCUUGUCCUAGCACUAUCCCCCGAUGCCCAGCUGCGUCGCUCACCACCUCGGUGACGACUAUGGUUGUCUCGAUCACGACCACUGUCUGUCCCGUAACUGCCACCCCGACCGAACCUGAGUUGACCGGCCCUAAGCCUGCCUCCACCGUCACCGAGUGGGAGGGACCCCACAAGUCCAAUGCGGCGACAUGGCCGUCCCAUGAAUCGGCGUCAGACACGACCGCCGCCAAAGGACAACCCUCUAGCCCUGCACAACCUCAUCACGGCCCGGACGGAGCUGACGACGAUGAUGCCAAAGAAAUUGUUACCGUUCCAAGCGCAAACGGCUGGGUUGUUCCAUCAGGUGCCGGAGCCACUGUCACAUCCGCUGGCGCAAUCCCCGCACAUUCUACGACGCUUGACGAAACCUCAGGUGCCGAAGCCACUGUCAUAUCCACUGGCGCGAUCCCUGCAUCUUCUACGACGUUUGACGAACUCUCUGGUCCCGCAACUACGCCGUCCACUUCGACUUCUGACGCCCCACCCGCCGGCCAGGCGACUGACAAUAUUGCUCUGUAUACCGGCGGGGCUUCUCAAGUUGGAUCUACCGGUUCUCGAGUCUUGGUUGGUGCCGUUAUUCUGAUGGCGAUGAUUGCCAUGAUCAUGUAA